UCCUGCGAUCCCAUGCAGCAACGUCAACUGCUGGACAGCAACCCGAUGUCUCGGCACCACAGCCAGAUGAUCAACGCAGUUUUCAGCAUUCAUCGCAGAGCAGAGGCAGCAGCCAUUCAUCUUCAUCUCGGAAAUCCCAGAAGAAUCUCCAUUUGCGACAACAAGAACUUGCCCUUGCUAAGCUACGCAUGGAGAUUGAAAUGAAGUCAAGAGCGGAGCAAGAUGAAAUCGAUGAACGGCUACGUGAGGCUCAGCAAGCUCGCCUUUCAGCCCUGAAUGAAGAGCAACAUCUUCUCAAGAGAAAGGAGGCCCUCUCCAGGCAGUUAGAGCUGGAACUGCAGCUGCGGAAUGCCGAGAUCAACCUCGCUCAUGCCGAACUUGACUCUGAACUUGUUUCCAAGGAUACUUCAGGGGAACAGAUUCCUUUACCACUUGAAGAGCCGAGCAUUGGCAACCAAAUACCUCAGCAGCAAGAAUUGCAUGCCAAAAAUACAAAUGUAGGCCAUGAUUUACAUGAUGGCGGCGAUAUGCAGUCAUAUUUACCUGCGCCACUGUCAGCGAUUACCAUGCCUCAAGCUAGCGCUGCUUUGCCCAUGCACAUGACCGUAUCGCCACCGCCGGCGAUCACCGUGCCUCAAGCGAGCGCUGCUUUGCCCAUGCACAUGACCGUAUCGCCCCCGCCGGCGAUCACCGUGCCUCAAGCUAGCGCUGCUUUGCCCAUGCACAUGACCGUAUCGCCACCGCCAGCGAUCACCGCACCUCAGGCUAGCGCUGCUUUGUCACUGCCCAUGAUGGGAUUGCCACAAACACAUGUUUCCACGCCCCAACCGGGCACCCUAACACAGGGCAGCUCGUAUGUGACUUCCUUUUCACCCAUGUACACGUACUCUGGGCUUGACUUUCUUUCCAGAUCAGUUUCAUUUCCUGCUCUAGGUACGUGUACAGCUUCUACCGUGGCCACAACCCAGACAUUGUCCUCACUACCCGCAGAUGCAGUUCAGGGGCAGACGUCCACCUCCCCAUGUGGCCGUUUUGGUCGUUAUCCCAUGGGUCUCCAAGCCCCCUCUCCGUUGGGCACCAGACUCACACCGACGACUUCCCUUACUACGCCCCUACCAUGUGCAUCCGUGCCUGUGAGAGCCCUGCCAACUUCUUUGGUCGGUCUUUCCAGUGGCCAGUGUGUAGAUCCUGUUUCCACUGGUAAGUCAUUUCCUGAAACCUACCAUCCAAUUUCCCAGCAAAUGAUGCUGAGUUCCAUGUUGGCAGCCUCCGCCGGGGGGAUCAAUGUCGAAGUCCCACACUUCAGUGGAGGUGAUCCCUCUGAAUACCGAUGCUUUGAAUCCAUGAUCAAUGGCUGUAUUAAGCCUCUGAUACACUUGAGUGAGCUACAGAAAUACUUCAUAGUGAAGUCCAAACUCAGUGGGCAACCAAAGAAGGAUAUUUUGGGAAUGGAACAUGAUCCCGCCCCCUUCACAAAGGCUAUGUCAACACUCCAGCGGCUGUAUGGUGACAUAGGUGUACUCAUCAGGGCAAAGAUAGAGAAACUCACAGUGUGGCCGAGAGUUGCAGCAAGUGAUGCGAAAGGCCUAAUUGAAUUCGCUUCCGCUGUCUCUGCCCUUGUCACUCAGCUUGAAAAUGCUCCCGAGGGGGCGGCUGAGCUUCGAGCAAAUUCCACUGCAUGUGUUUUGCAUGGCCGACUUUCGAGUCAGCACCAAACUGCAUUCUUGAAGCGGAUGGAAACAAAAGGUAUCCGUACUUUCUCUUUGGUUGACUUCAACAGCUGGUUGAAGGAAACUGCCACUGUUGCACGCAAAAGGGUGCAGCUUGAAGACAGCCUGCGGGUUGGCCCACAGGCCAAACAAGAUCAUCGUAGACGAGGCAUUUCUGCAUACCAUACUGAGGGUGGAGGCAGAAGCCAAAGUCAGUCGGUAGGGAAAGGUAUGAAUGACCAGAUUUCUUCAGUCAGCAAGUCAGCAGGCAGUGGAAAGAAGCCAUUUAAGAAGGUUUGUCCUUUCUGCAAAAAUGACCACUGGCUGUCUCGCUGUGGUGAGUUUGGCAAGCUUACCACCGAGGAGAAAAUUAAAUGGCUCAAAGAUGGUCGUCGUUGCUGGCAGUGUGCACGCCUGCACCGGGAAGGGCAGAACUGUGAUCUAAAGAAGGCCUGCAGAGAAUGUGAUCAACUCCAUCUAACCGUCCUUCACAAUCUCAUCAAGCAACCGGGCUAUGGAAUAUAUUACUCCAGUUUCAAUCCCAACCUCUCCGCCUUCUAUGGAGAUGGGAAUCCAUGGAGCCCAGGCCAAGUGAGCAUGAAGAUUGUGCCUGUUAUCCUAUACGGCAAUGGGUCUCAACUUAAGACUCACUGUCUCCUUGAUGAUGCAGCAAACUUCUCAAUGAUGCUGCCAGAGGCUGUCAAGGCCCUCAAUCUCAAGGGGAAGAGAACCGAGAUGCCUAUUGCAACGGCUCGAGAAGAAUGUACUCCCUGUAGAGGGACCGUGCUGAAUCUUGAGAUGGCACCCGAGAGUGACCCAAGUAAUAGAAUCGAGGUGUCCAACGUCUUUUCGUCCCCGAUGCUGAGGCUGUCCGAGCACUCGGUCCCCGUGACAGAGCUUCGGCGAAGGUGGCCCCAUCUCCGAGAUCUCCCACUAACCGAUUGUAAAGAUGUUCACCCUCUCAUGUUAAUUGGUAGUGACAGGGCAGACCUUAUUGUCCCAAUUGAGAGCCACUUUGGCCCAGAGGGAGCGCCAGUUGCUGUUAGGACAAAAUUAGGUUGGGCAGUGCAGGGCCCGGUGCUCACCGACCGAUGUAGAGGGGAGGUGAAUCACCUGCAAGGGCUUACUAGCCGUGAAGCCGAUGAGGUUUUGCAUGAAAGUGUCUGCAGGAUGUGGCAGAACGAUGUACAGAUGUACAGCGAGCGGAAACAGGUCACCAGGUCCAAACAGGAUCAGAGAGCAGUAGAUCUUUUGGAAUCUAAGUCCACGUACGUGGAAGUUAGCGGUGUCCGACGGGUGGCAACACCUCUCUUAUGGAGGUGUGAGGAAGACACAUUCUUCAGUCCAGCUUCCUCAGUUUUGCCAGCCCUGCGAAGAAAUGAACGGCGCCUCGAGAAGAACCCUGAUCUUGCAGAAAUCAAUCACAAGAAGAUACAGGAAUUGAGAGAAGCCGGACUAGUUAGUACUGUAGGUACUGAGAGAAAGGUAAACUCCAUCCAGCGCCAGUGGUAUAUCCCAUAUCACAUCGUUAAGCAAAACAGCAAACAUCGCCUUGUGUUUAACUGCGCUUUCCAAUACCAGGGCGAAUCCCUCAACGAUCGUCUGUUACCCGGUCCUAGCCUUGGAUCCACUUUGGUUGGAGUACUGUUGAGGUUUCGCCGACACCUUGUUGCUGUUUCUGGAGACAUAAAGGCAAUGUUUCACUGUGUCCAAACCCGUGAGGAGGACCGUUCCGCACUUCGUUUCCUAUGGAGGGAGCUUGGGUCUGAGGCCGAGCCAACUCAGUUUGAGUGGAAUGUGUUGCCCUUUGGAACAACCUGCAGCCCUUGCUGUGCCACAUACGCUCUCCAGAAGCAUGUGAAAGAUAACACCGAAGAUCCUGAUGUAGUCAGAAGUGUACUUGAAGCCUUCUAUGUCGACAAUUGUCUGGACGGAAAACCGACUGCCGAAGAGGCAAAGGUGUUGGUGGAGAAGUUAGUCCAUUCUCUGGGGACUGGAGGGUUCCCAAUAGUCAAGUGGGCCAGCAAUGUCCCGUCUGUAGUAAGUGGACUCCCACUUGAAGCCCGCUCCACCAAUGCAGAUUGUUGGAUGAACCUGAAUGGCAGUUCCCCAGAGGAGGCUGCCUUGGGUCCCAGGUGGAACUUUCAGGAUGAUACAUUGAACUACCAGAUAGCUUUGAAAGACCACCCGAUUCCGACCAGAAGAACCGUACUUAGCGAUGUCAUGCAGUGUGCAGGCAAGGACCCCCUUGGCUACCUAAUGCCUUAUGUUGUCAGGGGUAAGAUGUUGCUGCAGGAGCUAUGGAAACAGCCUCUGAACUGGGAUGACGAGAUUGCCGAUUUGGGGGAAAACGGGCUGCAAGCAAAACACCUCCAAUGGCGAGGGGAGCUUGCAGACUUACCCAAGAUUAGCAUUCCCCGGUGCUACACCCCAAAUCACUUCAUGCCUGGUCAUGCCAAACAUGAACUGCAUGUGUUCACCGAUGCCUCAGAGAAGGCCUACGGUGCUGUGGCUUACUUAAGAGCCACGGUUUCCCCCUCGGAUGUUAGUGUGAGGUUUGUGAUGUCUCGUUCAAGGCUUGCUCCAAAGCGUGUUCAAACCAUGCCCCGCCUAGAACUUCAAGCAGCCGUGAGUGGAGCUGAAUUAGCAGACUUGUUGGACGACGAGAUGAAAAUGGAGAUGCCAAUUACUUGUUGGAGUGAUAGUACAACAGUGUUGUCCUGGAUCAAGUCUGAAUCCUGUCGGUACAACCGAUACGUUGGAGCCCGCAUUGCUGAAAUCCAGAGACUCACUGACCACACAGUUUGGAGAUACGUCGAUUCAGGAAACAAUCCAGCUGACGAUCUCACCAGAGGUCUCAGGCUUGAUCAGUUGGGCGAGAGCAGCCGUUGGCAUUCACCGCCAUUCCUGCUCCUUUCGAGGGAGCAGUGGCCCGUCUUGCCCGUCCAGAGUAAACAAGAAGAGGUGGAAGCUGAACUCAAACAUCAAGGGUUUGCUGCACAUACUGUUGCCUCUACAGAGCCACCACCGAAUGUUGACUUCACUAAAUACGCCUCCUGGGAAGACCUAGUUGAAGGUUACGCUGCUGCCAUUUCCGACUCAAAGGGAGACCCAAAGCCCAACUUUCUUACUGCAGAAGAUCGCUUGAAAACGGAGGAGCUUCUAUACCGACAAGUGCAGGCUGACAGCUUUCCAGAAGACGUUGCGGCUCUUCGUGCCGACAAAGAUGUAUCUCGGAAGAAUCGUCUCGUCAGCCUAGCCCCAGAGUUAGAUGACUUGUGCCAAGUUAUCCGGGUGGGAGGAAGGCUCCGUCGAUCCCCAUCGAUUGAUGAGACGAUGAAACACCCGAUCGUGUUGGAUCCCAAGCACCCUAUCACGCGCCUCCUUAUUCAGGAGGCAGACAGUCGUCUCGGACAUUGUGGAACUGGGACAGUUCUUGCUGAUCUCCGCCGACGAUUUUGGGUGUUGCGAGGCCGCCAGGCUAUUCGCAGCUUGCAGAGUCGCUGCCCAGGCUGCCUGAGGAAAAGAGGGCGCCCCUCGGUGCCUAAAAUGGCUGAUCUUCCAGUUGCUCGUCUUAGGGUCGGAAAGCCUGCAUUCUACUCUACGGGUGUAGACUGUUUUGGACCAUUUUCUGUCUCUAUCGGGAGACGUCACGAACAGCGUUGGGGAAUUAUAUGGAAAUGUCUCACCACACGGGCUGUUUAUCUUGACCUUUUAGAGUCUCUUGACUCUGAUGCAUUCCUUCUUGCCUUCAGUCGCUUCCGCUCCAGGCGCGGAACCCCUCAUGAGAUACUUUGCGAUAAUGGCACGAACUUCAAGGGAGGUCAGACCGAGAUGACAAAUGCCUUCAAGGCUAUGACUCCAAGCCUCCAGGAAAAGCUCGCUAAGCAUCGGGUGCACUUCAAGUUUAACCCCCCCACUGCACCUCACUUUGGUGGCACAUGGGAGAGGGAGAUAAGAUCCGUGAAGUCGGCACUCUAUGCGAUCCUUGGCAAUCAGACAGUUUCCCCCUCAGUCUUGUACACCAGCCUCACCGAAGUUGAGGCCCUUCUGAACUCGAAGCCGUUGAGCUAUAUCUCCUCCGACGUGGCGGAUCCAGAUCCAAUAACACCCUUUAUGUUGCUCAUGGGGCGGCUGGACCAUGCGCCUCCUCAGUUGGUAUAUCCCGAUGAGGAUGUACUCAGUCGCCGCCGUUGGAGGCAGUGCCAGGCCUUAAUGCAGAGGUUCUGGAAAGAAUUCACUCAAUCCUACUUACCCGCCAUGCAGGCACGACAGAAGUGGAGGGGUGAGGCAGAUAAUCUGAAGGCUGGCGAUGUUGUCCUCAUGGUGGACCCUCAGCAGGCGCGUGCCUCAUGGCCUGUGGCGCAGGUCGUUGAGGCCCUGCCGGGGAGAGAUGGCCGGGUCCGAACUGUAAAGCUGCAGACUGGUGGUCGAGAAUAUAUUCGGCCAGUUGCCCGCCUGAUCCUAUUGCCAGCAGAACCAGAUGCUGACUCCUCAGAUGAUCCGAACCCUUGACGUAGGAGGGUUCAACUGACUUGAUGAACCUCAUGCUUUAUAUUAUCCAUCUUCAUAACAUGUCUCUAAACUUUACCCUUUGCCAAAGCUAUGGCACCCUUUUUUGUUUGUUAAACUACCCUUUAUAAAAGGAAAACUUUUCUGGUGUUUUUGUAAACUACUCCUCGCAGUUAAGGGGCGGCUGUGUUGCGAAAAGUUAACUUUAUCGGAAGAGCGCCACCGCGCGAUGACAAAGAAAAAGGCUGCGAGACGAUUGUCAGGCCGCGUGAGCGGAACGCAGAAAAUCAGUACCAAAUGAUGGCCGGAUAAAGGACGAACGGGCUAACCAGGGCUAACAAGGGCCAACCAGGGCUUCCCAUGUUCGAAUGUCUAUGCAGAGAUAAGAAUAAACACAACCAAGACAGAGUAUAUGUACCGUGUCCAUGCCCAGUUUCUCCAACGGACAUUUUUGGUAUCCUACCACCUCGUU